AUGGCCGUCACGAGAGAAGAAACAAAAGCACGAGUUCUCCGAUCAGAUUCCGGCGAAGAACAGAUGAAUGGUGGCAAUAACAUCAAUAUGGUUCUGUCAAACGACAAGUUGUCAGACGACUUGUUGUCCAAAAUCUUCGACCUAAUCCCAACCCACGACAUUUACAACGCUCGGCUCGUUUGCCACAGAUGGUGCCGUGCCCGCAGCCUCAACACGUACGCGCUCGUCUUCAUGACGGCCCAAACCGCAUUCUCGAUGGCCACCCGAGACUUCCGAGUCGAGUCAUCCAAGCUGAGGAUCCAACGCACGAGUGCGGCCUCGACUCCUUCUUUGGACAUGUGUUUAGCUUUUUCCGGAGGGAAGUUUAAGGAAGUCUCCCUUUUCUUACAUCAUCACUCGACAGGUGGACUAAAUACGAUUAAUUUCCCUCCGCUCGUGAAUCGUUCUCUAAAGCCACAAAUGGUCUCGUGGGGAGUGGCGUUUGCUCCGCUCUCAAAGGUGUGGAAAGUGAUUCUAUUCUUUCCGCCCGAUGGGUAUGAAAACAAAGAUAAGGACGAGUUUCAUAUAAUAACCGUCGGAGUAAAUGACGAGUCGUGGAGAGUCGUGGAGUUUGCGGCUAAGUUAUCGCAAUUUAGUCGUGCUCUGAUUACCGAAGGGUUUGUUCAUUGGAGCCUAAAUGACGGGAAGGUAUUGAGUAUGAAUAUCGAGACGGAGGUUUUCACGGAAAGCCCAGGGCCCAACUACACUUUUGGCCCGGGUGGCCAGAGAGGGGAUGUUAGCAAUACUUAUUUAUCGACGGGAAGGAGUUUAACGUUAUUGCGUAGGUGUUGGGAGUUUUAUUGGGAGAUUUGGGAAAUGGAUACGCGCAAUUUUGAGUGGAAAAUGACGGGGGAUUUUUCGUUAGAGGAACACAAGAGCGAAUUCGAGUCUUCUGCAAGUUGUGAUGGGGCCAUAAAAAUUGUUGGGAAAUGGAGAAAAUGGAGCUACCGGAAUGCGUUGGCUUUUACCAUGUGCAAACCUGUAAAGUCUAGCGUUUGCUUUCUUGAAGUUGGAUAG